AUGCCUCGUAAAAAACAAAUACCUCGUAUGUCGACUGGUGGCAAAGCUCCACGAAAAAUAUUGGCUACAAUGGCAGCCCGUAAAUCAGCACCACCGGCUGAAAGUGCUGAACAACAACAAGCACAAAACCUCAAGAAAGAGACAAACCAAGAGGGAAAAAAUCCUGACAUUAAUAAUACGACGCAAUCGACAGAAGCAAUCAUUUCAUCAACGUCCAAAGAUGACUCUUAA